UCUCUACAGAUUAAAAAAAAAAGAUUCAUUGCAUGGUUAGCUCGAUGGUGAGAGAAUGGUAUUGGAGCCGUUCCGAGUCCAAGGAGGAGAGAGAGAGGCCUGGAUGCAUGAGAGGCAUGUUCCACUUCUUUGAUUUCCAUCACCUUCACUUCACAGGUGGCUGCCGGACUCCGGCGACGGCUACCUCCCCUCCAGCGACUGGGCUGCAGUAUCGACAACUGCUGGAAAAUCAACAAUGUUACGACGUAGCAAAGCGCAAGGGAAUAGAAGCUCCGAGGAAUAGCUUGGAGCUUGAGGAGUCCGACACAGCUAUCCGAGAAGAUUAUUUUGGCGUUCCAAUCAGCAUUCAAAUCGCGCAUCCGUCGGCGAUGGCCAAGAAAAAGAAAAUAGAAGAAGAAAAAAGAACAUGUCAGGCUGUGACGCCAAGAACUCGAAGCAUCGUGGCACGGCUAAUGGGGCUCGAAAGCCUUCAUGACGAGGUUUCAACUCCGUAUUUAACCAGCUAUGAAUCCUCCUCAGCUGUUGCUUUUCCAGCUCUUAUCCCCAACAACAAUGAAAAAUCUAAGGAGAAGAAAAGGAAGACGACAAAGAAGCAACAGUCUACACAAGAUUCUAAACAAGACUUCCCGUCUCCACGCCGGCCACUGCGAAACUUGAACUCCAAUAUUUCGGGGUCCAUUUCCUUACCUGAAACCCCGAGAGCUUCGUCAGAGAGGCCGCGAGAUACAGAACCCAGACACUCGUUGCAGCACAAUAAGGAAAACAAUACAACCUACACCAUGCAGGAAUUGAGCUUCCUCAGAGAUGUCAUUCCCGUCUCUUCCACAUUGCAAAUGCCCAAAAAGGACUACUUUCCGUAUCUGGAAGGGAAUAAAACCCCAACAAGCCAGCACUUUACUCGGGAGAUUGUUAAACACAUGAAAAGCAAUAUGCGCAAAAGGGAAGGCGGAUUUGGGCUCAACGGCGGCCAUGAGAGAAUUGUUAUAGCAAGAAAGAACGAGAACACUGAGAAACAAAACGUUAGGAAUAACCACCUUCGACCUCCAACAGUUAUAAAGCCACCGCCAACUUGUUCAUCUCCCAAAGCAAGAUUUUCGGAACCCAUUAAAAAAGUUCAGCAACAUCCAUCCCUGACGUCAUUACCCUCCACCAAAAAUUUGUUCAAAUAUAGAGUUAAGUCUGAUGCCAAAAAGCUGAAGAUGGAGCCCGGAAAAUGCAGAAAAACGAAUAAAUUUGAACGUUUCCCAGAAAAAGUUAUACGGCAGGCUCCUCAGCUUUGCGUAUUCGGUCUACAAACUGAAUUUCUUCAACCAGCCGACAAAGUCCAAGAACUUUUAAUUAAACAUUUUAAUGUCGAAAAGGAGGACCCCGAGUUCAAGUACGUGAAGGCCAUCUUGACCUGCGCUGACGUCGUUGAAGAUAAAUCAUUGAAAUGUUUGUCCAGCUCUCUCCGACUAGACCGGGCUGUCUUCGAUAUCCUCGAGCGGUGGUUUCCUUUCUUCGAGCCCGUUUCUCGUGAUGCGAAAAAGGUUGAGGAGGCCACGGCCCGACUCGGCCCGUUAAGGCAUCGUUGGAACCGGAAACUCGUGUUCCAUCUUGUAGAAGAGAUUCUCGGCGACUUACUACUUCUUGGUGGGCCCAAGCGAUUGUGGCGGCGAUUUGACAGCAAGCUGCUGCUUUCCCGACUAUGGUCGGAGAUAAAAAGCUACCCGUCGGCGGACUGCCGUGUAGUUGGCGACAUUGACGCUCUGGUUUUCAGAGACUUGCCAGAGUCGAAAGUCCGGCGGCUUCUCCGUCAUCCUUCGGUGGUGGCGGAGGUGCAGGACAUCAUAUCGGAGAUACAGAGGGAUAUACUAGAUUCCCUCCUCGGAGACACCGCGGCAUCGCUCUUUCUGAUCUCUUCCAGCACGGCACCCAAGGCCGGAUCUUGACGUCAGAGCAGCACAUGUUGCGACCAGCUGACGGACGGCGCUAAAAUCCACGGCAUUUCUCGUCGGAGCUCAGCGAGCAUCGUAACUUGUUUGGUCUGCGAUUCUUUGCACAUGUAAUUCGUGUUCGUCUUGUGGGUUUUGUAUAAAUGAUUAGGUUUUCAAAAUAGCUUUUUUUUCUUUUUAUUUAGUUCUGGUUUCAUUUCUAGUCUAUCAACUCUGGAGCACGGAAAUGUAUUUUAUAUAGCUGUGGCCUAUGGGGUCCUUGGUUAAUUAGCUUGAUCAAAUAACGCGAGGAGAGUACAUCUUACCUGCUGGAGCGGGAGUUGGAUCUUACCAGCUAGAAAAGUACAAACUUGCUGCUCUUAAUUGGUCAAGUAAGAUUUCAGAACCAAGCAUUAUGGGCUUAUUCGCUGCGUGCAUCCGUGAUCCAUUCAGAGACCGAGA